UAGUGCUGCUCUCAUAUGUCCAGAAAAUUCGCAUAAUUUAAUUUUCUAUAAAAAUAGAUGAAAAAAAUAAUUAGUUGAUAGUGACUCUAAAAAAAAAAUAAGUUUAACAUAUUGUGUUUACUUAAGGUGGUUUUGCGUUCCUCCAGAGCGGAAGGAUUUUAUUGUCGUUGUAACGUGCGCUUAUGUACUAUCCUCAAGCAUAGAGGUUGCUGAAGCCAUGGACAGCAGACCACCACUUGCAGCCCUGUCUCCCUUCCUGCAGAACACUGAUGCUGGAGAUGUGGAUUUCGCCAAACUCACUCCUUCACAAUUUGGCAUAUCAACAGACAGUUUCUUACCUUCCUCCAAGAUUAAAGAUAAGGCCAGAGUGGCUCAAUUAAAGACAAGAAGGAGAUCCUCGAUUGGGGUCCGGGGAUCGCCAGAAACAAACUCUCUCAUCUGCUUCAGAGCCAAACAAGAAACAAAAACUCCACCACGAACACCACAGCUUUUGCAGGGAAGUCCAUUUCUUUCACGCUGUGACUCUCUUAAGAAGAAGAUGGCUGCUUUCCAGUGUCUGAUGGAGGAGGAAGAGGAAGGACAGGACGAGCAGAGGAAAAACAAGGAGAAUGAGAAUGUGGAAAGCAAUUUGGCUGAAGAUUCUCUGAACGGAAAGGAGAACAAAUUCACCAUGCAAAUCCCACCCUCUUCAAUGACGCCUCCACCCUCCAAAAAACGCUGUAGGGCCCCACCGGUGGGAUGUGAGGACAAGAUUACUGACUCGUCACUCCCCCACUCUACCCUCACAAUGCAACAGAAGCAAGGGGUGAGAUGCUCUGAGUCUAAAAGCCUGGUUUCAGUUUCAAAGAAUGAGCUUCUGUCUUUACCCAUGUUGUCAAAACCGGAAAUUAAGCCAACAGAUGAAAAUGUGGUCUCCUCAAUAUGUAAGAAGCGUGUUCGUUUUGGUGCACCACUUUCCCCAGAGUUCUUUGACAAAACCCUCCCUCCCAGCACCCCAUUGCAAAAAGGAGGCACCCCAAUGUGUCCACCGUCAUCUACAGGACCGAAACGUUCUCUGCUAAAGACCCCUCAAAGAUCUGAGCCCCCUCUUCCCCAACCUGACUUCAACAGUCCCCAAAGCAAUGGAGCCUCCCCUGUCCUGGUUAUUGACAGAUGUAGCACUGGACUUGUGUACAAUGAUGAUGUGUUUGAAGAGAUUGAAAAGAUCAACUUUCCCAAUUUGGAUGAAGAGUCUCCUUCAAACAGACCUUCAAAGAGCUGCAAAGAUACACUCUGUGCUGAGGACUCAGGGCAACCCCAGGCUGAAGACACUGAAGUUUUGAACGCUGCAUUUCAAGAGGAUGAGGAUGUACCAUCAGAUUCACAGAGGGCGGAAAUACUGCCUUCUCACUUCGGUGAUCAGCCACUGGCUCUAUCCACAGAUGCUGAUCUGAAGUCAGAAUCUGCCGCCAACACUAAACCAACUCGCCCUCACACUAGGAAAAGAAAGCAACCAGGAGACAGUGAACCGGAGAAAAGGAGAAGCUCUCGUACAGCAGCCACAUCUGCUUCAGGAAAGAUGAAGAAGACAUCAGGGGUUAAAAGGCGAUUUGGCAAUAAGGACGUGGAUCGCUCUCUGUAUGGGAAAAGAGACUAUGCCUCUAAAAACCCUUUGCUCAGUCCCAUAUUUGAGACCGCGUCCAUCAGUCUCAACAGCACGCCAAUACAGACCCAAUCAGGAAAACUAACAGCAGAUGGAGAGCAAGACUUCAAUCAAACGUCCACCGUUCCCCAUAGCAAGGCUGUUCAUACCAUGCUAAGUCUGGGGACUGUUGCUGUCGCCAUAUCAGACGAUACCCUGGCCAAUGAAAACAAGCAGAGCACUCAGGGUCCUGCAUGUAGAAAAGACUCUGGUUCAAAGGCUCACAAAUCCAAACGCAUCUCUGGGAGACCUUCAUGCCAACGGCGUAGCUCGGGCACAAUCAAGUUAAAGGGACUGAGCAGUCCAGCCAUUGGCUUCACUAUAGCAUUAGAAGGUGUAAUGGCCGAUUACAACAUGGAAAGCCAAGAGACAACUGAAGCUGACAGUUUGGACCCAAUGAACCAAGACAAUCCUGAUGGUCCAACACUUCAUGAAGCUGAGCACUCUGAGAACAAGGAAGUUGAGACUUUAGUAAGCUGUGAGACUCCAAACAUGGUACCAACUGGAGACCAUAUAACCACGGAAAGGUCAGAGCAAAAGAUGCCAAGGCGUAGACUCGUCCAAAAGUCCCUUAAAAGUCCUUGUGUUAAGAUUGAUGUGGUAGAGGAAGUACACAUGAAUGCUCCAUCAGAGAUGAUUGAUCAAACAGAGUUGUCAGAGAGUAAGACUGGACCCACAGAGCCCGGUUUGGCCCCCUGGCAGCAGAUCGACUUCAACAUUGACGACAUCCUAAAGCCUGUGGCAAAGAGUCGAGGUUCAGUGCGACGCAGCCUGAGGAACCGUAGGAGCAUUGACCUCAAGGCUGUUGGCCUGGCUUGGGUGGACCACACCUCUCCAGAGCUGAGUAAGGCAACUCGGCGGAGGACGCGCAGCAGACUCAGUGGAGUAUCGGAACCACAUGUUAUUCAGACCUCUGAGGAGACAAUGCCAAACCUGGGAGAUUAACUGACCUCUGUGGACUGAAUGUGUCAGUCACCUGUUAAAGAGAGAGUUCACCCAAAAUGUUUUGUUGUGUCAUCAUUUACUCACCCACACGUUGUUCCAAACCCAUAUAACUUUCCUGCAUGGAACACCAAAAAGGAAUGUUUGGCAGAAUGGCCUGUCACCGUUCACUUUCAUUGCAUCUUUUUUCCAACCAAUGAAAGUGAAUGGUGACUGAGUUUGUCUGUUCAUUCAUUGUCAGUUCUUGCCUAACAUCUUUUGUGUUUCAAAGAAGAAAGUCAGUGGGUUUCGAACAAUGUGAGGGUGAUGAAAUGAUGACUGAAUCUUCAUUUUUGGGUGAACUGUCCCUUUAAAUAACUUUUAAAAGUAACUUUGUUAAAAUGAACAAUGUUAAACUUAUGAAUUGCUUUAAAAAAAAAAAUACAUUUUUUUUAAUUAUUGUUUUAAUCUUUAUGGUUGAAACCCAACUCUUAUUAAGAAGAUUUUGUAGUUCUGCUCAUUAAAUCUUUUCUGCUGAUGCUGUGUGGAUGUUGAGGUGAUUUUCCUGCAUUAAUCUCAUGUUGAUUUAUGUGCUGUAAAUGACAAUGCUGAUUUGUUUGGACAAUAUUGGUCUUUUACUGUAAAUGUACCUGCUUUGCAAUUCAACCGUUUAAUACAAAUACUUGCAAAAUGUAUAAACCUGUUUCCUAGUCGCUAUUUGUGAUUCACACCUGUCAGUGAAAACAUUUAGACUGCAAGUUAUGGACCUGCUUUAAGUAUUACAUGAGUCGUGUUUCACCCCCAAAUCAAAAGAAAUUACACUCACUGAGCACUUUAUUACACCUACUUAUUCAUGCAAUUAUCUAAUCAGCCAAUCGUUUGGCAGCAGUGCAAUGCAUAAAAUCAUACAGAUACAGGUCAGGAGCUUCAGUUAAUGUUCACAUCAACCAUCAGAAUGGGGAAAAAAAUGUGAUCGCAGUGAUUUUGAACAUGGCAUGGUUGUUGGUGCCAGAGGAGCUGGUUUGAGGAUUUCUGCAACUGCUGAUCUCCUGGGAUUUUCACACACAAGAGUCUCAAGAGCAGGGAUGGGCAACUGGCAUGGCCUUCUGUAUUGUUGAAUACAGCCUGUGGGACAAGACUGAGGAUUGAUUUUAUUUCUUUGAAAAAGGGAUAACGUAAAGAUUGCAUUCAUUUUAUGAUGUUAUUACAAUUAUUGACCAAAAAAGUUUGCUUGUUCUUAGCAGACCUGCUGAUCACUGUAGGAUUCUAGCAUGCAACAUCUUACACUUGCUCAUCAUUUAUAAGGUAAAUUGAGCUAAGUUUAACCUCAGCUUGUCAGCGACAUAGUGCGCGCUAUUGUUAAUGUACGCAGGUGGAACCCAUGUCUUUUGUUUGCUGGAUACGAAAUCUGUCAUUAAAGAUUUGAAUUUGAUUCACAAAUACACCAUUGAUCAAGUGAUCAAAGAGAGUACAGUAUAAGAGAUACAUACACCAGAGCUGCUCUCUUCACAGAUGUAAAGGGUAAAUAAAAUACAAGGGUGAAAGGCAUCAAAAGUUUUUACGAAAUCCGUGACAGUGCGGGAAUCACCAAAGACAUCUAAUGCUGUGUCGCUCGUGCUUGUGAGAAACGAAAAAGUUGUUAUAAGAGGGAGAAACUUUGAAGAAAUGCGCGAUUGAGAUGCUUGACUGAUUGUUGAAAAGUCUUGCGAAUAGUGAGAAUGUUCUCUGAUGCACGGGACUGUUCGGUCAUUGCGUGUAUGUUGUGCUGAAAUGUUAUGUUCUUGUAUCCAGUGUUGUUAUUGAUGAUAAUAUUUAGAUUUUAACUAAUACCUAUAAGCUGUUUUAUGAGGUGGGGUUGCAAAUGUAGAUACAUUUUCUUGAAAGUGUAAGUCUAAAGUAUAUUGCUUGUCAAUUGAACAUGAAUUUGUACAUG